GCGCACGGGCGAGGCGCGCCCCGGCGGCCGUUGGGACAUGGCGACGGUGGCCGAGCUGAAGGCCGUUUUAAGGGACACCUUGGAGAAGAGGGGAGCCCUGGGGCACUUGAAGGCCAGGAUCCGGGCUGAGGUCUUCAGGGCCCUCGAUGACGAGCAGGAGCCCCGGCCCGCGCUCUCGCACGAGAACCUUCUCAUCAACGAGCUGAUCCUCGAGUAUCUGGAGUUCAACAAGUACAAGUACACGGCGUCUGUGCUCAUGGCAGAAUCUGGUCAGCCGGUCAUCCCACUGGACAGACAGUUUCUCAUCCGUGAACUCAACGCAUUUGAAGAGUCGAAAGAUAAUACAAUACCGCUCCUAUACGGCAUUCUAGCCCAUCUCUCGCAGAGGACCCGGGAGGGAUUCCAGAGCGCCCUCGCCAGACCUGCCCUGCAGCCCGGCGGAAGGAAGCUGACGGGUGGCCGCCUCGGAGCAGAGGGUGUGAGGAACGCCGGUACCGAGGGCCCCCAGGUCUCUCAGGCAGCGAGGAGAUGAUGCUUCAUCCUCUGGAUCGUAGGUUCUCAGUGACUUCUUUUUCGUUCUCCCCGUGUCACCCAAACGCACCGGGGAUGUUUCUGCUCUGUAGAGAUGGGAGUUUCCGGAACCACUCAGGAUCGCUGUGUCUGUGAAUAAAAGCGAACUCUGCUGUCUGACGCACUAGGUUUGACACGAGAAGAAAACCUGGUUUGUAAGAGUACUUUGAAACAUGCGAGAAAUAAACGGCUGCUGUGUCUCUC